CUCCCCACGCGGCUCUGAGCGGGACGAAGCUCAGGCCCCUCCAGAGACGCGCUCCGAAGGACUGUAGGUAACCCGGAAGGGAGAAUCAUGAAGAGGAUGCUGCAGUUCCUGGAGUGAGGCGGGUCCGCAGGGUGAGAGGACAACAGGAGAGGCACCCCCUGAAGAGGGCGCACCAACUGGCAAAGCUAAUCCACAGGAUGGCCAGCAGGAGGUGCCGCUGUGAAAGCUGCUUCAUGCAGCAGAAGACAGAGGAUCCCAUCACUCUGAACAAGCGAAUGGAGGAAGCCUGUGAACCUGGAGUAGAUUAUGGGGAAAGGGCAAUACGCCGCAUUUAUUGAAGAUACAACAAUUAACAUAUGCAGUCAGUAGUUCUGACUACUACACCAUGAAAAUUUUGGAAAUCAUUAAAGCAGGGACUGAUGAAAAUCCGCAAGGAAAAACCCGCCAAUUCAUCAGUCACAUAAAAUGCAGGGAGUCUCUGAGGCUGGAGCGUAACAAAGACUACUUGAUCUGGGGACGCAGCACCGACUUGUGGCCCAGGGAAGCUGAGCUAUCCUACAUCAUUGGCAAGGACACCUGGAUCGAGAAGUGGCCCAACGAGGACGAAUGCCAGAAGCCGGAUUUCCAGAACCUCUGCCAGGAAUUCCUUGAGUUCUCUGAAGCCAUGACCAUGUUUGGCUGCCCAACCUAAACUUGGACCCAGCUUUCCCAGCAGCCCCAAGGGGACAGUUUGAGCUGAGAUGGAGCAUAACCCUCAGGUGGAGACAGCUCCACUCAGAGUCCCAAUGCUGCUGACACUCGCCGCUAGCCCUGUCCUCUUUGGGGGUUUCACUCUUUUUUUUUCUUAUUGUUUCUCUCUAUAUAAAAGGCUGAAUUCUUA